AUGUCGUCGAAAGGGUUCCCCUACCUCAAGCAAUCUUGCUGGCUGACUUAUGGUGCUAUCUUCAACGGACUCUGCAACAACGAGAAGCUCGCUGUCUACCACGUUGAGAACGAGAGGCACGAACACGUGUGCAAGCGCGAACUCAAGGAGAAGGUUGUCCGCAAGCUGAUCGACAUGUUCAAGAGAACCGAGACUCGUUACGAGAAGGUCCUCAUGCUCAAGACACUCGCUAACGCUGGAAUCGAUAUCUCCGUUCAUGAGCUGGAGAAGAUCAUCUACGAUAAGGAAGAGGAGAAGAUCAUCAGAAUUGAGGCCAUCCACGCUCUGCGCAAGCUUCGCCUCAUGAUGCCACGCAAGAUCCAGAACAUUCUGAUGCCCAUCUACAAGGACCGCACUGAAGUCCCUGAGAUCCGCAUGGUCGCUCUGCGCAGAAUCAUGGAGACCAUGCCCGAGCAGGUUGUUGUUGACCAGAUCGUCCGUCUGAUGGAAAUCGAACGUGACCCACAGCUGCGUGCCUUCACGUACAGGACCUUGAAGACAAUCCUGGAAAUCCCUGAAGUUCAUGAGAAGACGGUGUACCAUGUGAAGAAGGCUCUGAGAACUGUUGACACUGAGUUUUAUGAGAACCUGAACAACCGCGUUCUCCGCUGGACUGUCAAGAACGACAACCACAGAUAUGGCGUCUCCCUUGACCUGCACAGCCUCUUCACCAAAGACGGCGUUCUGCCAAAAGAACUGCUCACCACUCUGGAUACCAUCCUCGGUGGAAAGUGGUACGAGUACUUCGUCCAGCUCGGAUUCUCUCAGCAGAACGUUGACGAGAUCUUGAACAAGCUGCUUCACAAGCUGCAGGAAACGGACAUGGAACAUCUGAUUGUCCGUGGAAAGCGCUCUACCAUCUACCGCCCAGCCGAGUUCUUCCGAAACAUCUAUGAGAAGCUGAACUUCGUCCGCCGCCACCAGAACAAGGAUGAUGCUCAUGCGAUGAUGUACCUCCGCUACAAGGACAUGGACUACGUUUUCCUGCCCCUUGACCUCGACACCAUCCCCAAAUUCAUCCAGGACAUGUUCCGCGACGGAAAGAUCGACCUCGAUGAGAUCGAGCGCUUCCUUGCUACUGGAACCCAGUUCACCAAGACCGGAGGUUUCUACAUCUAUGAAUAUGUGAGAAAGAUCCCAACUACCCUUGGUCUUCCUUUGGUGCUUACCUCGAAGAUGCCAACCGUUGCCACUGUCCAGGGACACGUCAAGGUGGAAAUGGAGCCCAGAGAGACAAGAGAGUUCGAAGGACUUCGCCUCCGCCUCCUCCUGAAACCCAAGAUCGCUACCACUCACGUUGUCAAGGCUGUUGUGAUGAGCCCGGUUGUUGAGAACGGCUUCAAGAUGCUGCACUCUGCUACCUUCGACAAGCCAUUCGAUGCUGAGACGGAGCUCACCUGGAAGCACAAGCUUCACCUGAAGACCACUGUUCGUCCAUUCGAGCACAAGAAGCAUGUCCUUCACCUCCAGUCGCGUCCAGUCACCUUCGUCCGCCACAUGAAGAAGAGCCAAGUCUAUCCCGAGCCAGUUGAGGUCACUGUCCACCUUCGUGAACACCUCUACCCAAUCAAAUCGUUCGAGCGCACCUUCCUCAAGAGAUACGGAAUGAUUGUCAAGCUCACUGGAACCAUGCACCGUCCUAUUAUCCGCCACACUGAGAGCAUGCUCAACCCGAUUAUGAUUGGAUACAACACCUACGACGUCCACAUGGAGCCCACUGAGGAUCUGCCGAAGGAGUACGUCUUCCACAUGGAAAUGGAGAACUUCAUCCCGGAGAGAAUGGAGAAGCCCGAGAUGGAAAAGCUCUUCAUGCACAACGACGACAUGUUCAACGUUGAAGUGGAGGAUUUCGAGCCGAGACGCAUUGGCGACCGCAAGACCCACAUGACCACCUAUCUCAGGAACUAUGAAAUCGAGAAGGCUUUCAAGCACCGCCUGUUCUUCAAGCUCGAGACCAAGGGACAGCGUGAGAGGCACGAGGCCGAGAUGGAACUGAAAGUCGUUCACGACAACAAGUACCGCUUCUGGCGCACCCUCCUCUUUGUUCGCCGCACUCCUAUGGAGAUGGAGAACCGUGAUUGGGAGAUGAAGGUCGAGGUUCAGACUGUCUAUCCCGAAAUUCCAAAGACUCUCAAGAUGUUGAAGGAGCAGAUCAACCGAGAAUGCCACAUCAUCAUCGACGCUAUGUGGGGACACGAGCACAAGAACACCGUUUUCAUGCGCAUCCAGGGUGAGCAGAACCGCGAGCAGAAGAUGUGGAUGAAGAAGAUGGACCGCGAAGAGAACAAGCUGACCGAAAUGGAGAAGCUGAAGAUGUUCUCGUUCAUGAACCUCUACAAGCUCAUGGCCAAGUACAAGCUUACCCCGGAGACUGAGUACCACAUGCACAAGCUGUACUCCAUCCUGAAGACUUGGAACCUGUGGCACACCGAGUUCGAGAAGGUCCACAACAGGGACGGAAUCCUUCGUAUGAAGUUGGAAAUCGAGCCUCUGAACCGCCGUAUGUUCGAUCUUCACAUCGAAACUCCCAGGGAGCGCGUUGUAAUGAAGAAGCUCACCAUGCCAUUCAGACUUCCAAUGGUCCAUUUCCAUGACAUGCACACCCUUGAGCACACCGAGAUGAAGCACGUUUUCCACCACCUCAUCAAGAACUACCGCCCACAGUGCAUCAUCAAGUCCAAGGAAGUCAACACCUUUGACAACCUUCUCCUGAAGACUCGUCUCACCAACUGCUACACUGUUCUUGCCAAGGACUGCACCAAUGAAGAGCCAAGAUUCGUUGUUCUCAUGAAGAAGAUCGACAAGGACCGUGAAGAGAAGAGGCUGAAGAUUGUCACUCGUGAUAAUGUCUACGUGAUGGAGAUCGUUGACGAGAAGCCUAUCUUCAAGAUCGACGACCGCGAGAUAAGGCCUGAGGAAUUCAAGAGAUACCGCAUCUACCGCGUCGAUGACAUGCUCUACAAGAUCGACAUCAAUGACGUUGUUGUGCUGUUCGACGGAAUCGAGGCCUACAUCAAGCUCUCUCAUCUGUACAAAAACAAGCAGUGCGGAAUCUGCGGACACUACGAUGGAGAGGUAAGUGGCACCAGUUAA